UGAGGAUUCUUGGACGGUGCAGUCAUGUGUGCCGUAACGUGGGCGGUGGUGAUCUCCGCUAUUCUACUAAGAUUUGCAGCUUCUCAAGAUAUUGGAUUCACCUACAAUGGCUUCCGCUCGGCCAAUCUGAGCCUAGACGGAAUAGCAGAGGUCACAUCCAAUGGCCUAUUGAGGCUAACCAACGAUACCCAGUUGCAGAAAGGUCGUGCCCUUUAUCCCCUCCCUAUCAAUUUCAAGAAUUCACCAAAUGGCUCUGCUUUCUCGUUCUCCACUACCUUUGUGUUUGCCAUAGUGCCUGCGUAUUCCAUCUUGGCCGGUCAUGGGAUGACCUUUGCGAUUUCCCCUUCAGGGGGGCUUCCAGGGGCGUUUCCAAGCCCGUUUCUCGGCCUGUUCAACCAGACCAACACUGGAAACGCCACCAAUCAUGUGGUGGCGGUGGAGUUAGACACUCUCCAGAACCAUGAGUUCAAUGAUAUCGAUGGAAACCAUGUAGGGAUUGAUAUAAAUGGUCUUAAUUCCGUUGUGUCAGAGCCCGCAGGGUACUAUGAAAGUAAUUCUUUUCGUAACUUGAGUCUUGUUAGUGGAAAACCAACACAAGUUUGGGUUGAAUAUGAUGGGAGGGCUAAGAAAAUGAAUGUUACCAUUGCUCCCUUGAAUGUUGGUAAACCGAACAGGCCAAUUCUGUCUUGGUCCAUUGAUAUUUCAAAGGAUAUAUAUGAAACUGUAUCGAUUGGCUUCACAGCAGCUACGGGUGCAGUAGUAUCAACCCAUUACCUUCUGGGUUGGAGCUUCAAAAUCAAUGGAAUGGCUCAACCACUCGACAUCUCUCGGCUUCCAAAGCUCCCGCGAAUUGGGCCUAAGAGGAAACCGAGAAUAUUAGUGAUUGCGGUGCCUCUGAUUUCCAUGAUUUCGUUAGUAGCAAUUGUCUCAGCAGUGGCUUAUUGUAUACUAAGGAAGAAGAAGUUCUCAGAGUUGUUGGAAGAUUGGGAAGUGGAGUAUAGACCUCAGAGGUUCAAAUACAAAGAAUUGUACAUUGCCACCAAGGGGUUUUCAGAUAAGGAGGUAUUGGGUAGUGGGGGGUUUGGUAAAGUAUACAGAGGAGUGUUGCACAACUCUACAUGUGAGAUUGCUGUGAAGAAAGUGUCUCAUCAAUCAAUACAGGGGAUGAGGGCAUUCAUUGCUGAAGUUGUUAGUAUGGGGAGACUAUGUCAUAGGAAUUUAGUGCCACUUCUUGGCUAUUGCAGGCGUAAAGGAGAGUUGUUCUUAGUCUAUGAAUACAUGCUCAAUGGAAGUCUAGACAAGUAUUUGUAUAGACAACCUAAUUGGUCGCUCGGUUGGAACCAAAGGUUUGGAGUAAUCAAAGGUGUAGCAUCAGCAUUGCUUUAUCUACGCGAGGAAUGGGAACAGGUGGUGGUUCAUAGGGACGUAAAGGCUAGUAAUGUGUUGUUAGAUAGCGAAAUGAAUGCAAGAUUAGGAGAUUUUGGGCUGGCAAGAUUGUACGACCAUGGGACGGAUCCACAAACUACACAUGUAGUUGGAACCCUAGGCUACCUCGCACCAGAGCACGUCAAAACAGGCAAGGCCACAACUAGUACUGACGUUUUUGCUUUCGGAGCAUUCUUGCUUGAAGUUACGUGCGGCAGAAGGCCCAUUGAACCACAAGCGCCAAACGACGAUGUCGUUUUGGUCGAAUGGGUGUUUUCUUGGUGGAAUAGAGGUGAAAUUCUGCAUGUUGUUGAUCCUACUCUCGGGGAAGAUUAUGUUGUAGAAGAAGUCGAGUUGGUUUUAAAGCUUGGAUUGAUGUGCUCUCUAUUGGAGCCAACAUUUAGGCCAAGCAUGCGACAAGUUGUUAUGUAUUUAGAGGGCUCUAUAGCUCCACCGGAACUAUCAUCUCUUAGUCUCUCCACUGCUGGCUUGACAAUUGCUCAAGGUCAAGGCUUUGAUGAUUUUGUUGUGUCACUUUCAUCAUCAUCUGGGAUCAAGACGUGCUCACGUUGUUCCUUAAGCACAGACUCCAUUCUCUCUAGAGGCCGCUGAUUCAAAUGAAGAUCGAGUAUACAUGUGUUGAAUGAUCAGGGAUCAAUAAAGUCUAUUUCCUUAAUUGUUAGUUUGUACCUUAAAUAAUGUCAUGCCAGCUAUUAAUGCAAUGGUAUUUAUCAAUGUAUUUUUUAGUGUUGACGUAUUUUGACAAAACAAUUUUAUUUAGGGUCUGUUUGAAAAUUCAAAAAAUGAUUUCUUUUC